UUCCAUUCUGUGUCUGGAGCCUGGCGCCUGAGCCCGCCUUCUUGAAGCGAAAGAGGGACAGAAGGCCGGGCUGAGCGCUUUCCCUCGCUUUCCCUUCUAUCUUUUCGCUUCUUCCCCUUCCUUCCUUCCUUCUUUCCUUCUUUCUUCUCCGAAGAUGGCCGGGCAAGGCAGCGGCGAGGCUCCCAACCCAGCAGAGGCGCCGGGACGCAUCAGUGGCCGAGGGGUCGUGAUUUCAGAUGAUUGGCCAGGAUAUAGUUUGGAUCUGUUUACAUAUCCACAACACUACUAUGGAGAUCUUGACUAUGUGCUCAUACCACAUGGGAUCAUUGUUGACAGCUACCAGUCUCUUGGCCAGAGCAAUAGGAGAAAAAUACAUAAGAAAAUCCAGUCCUGCUAUAGGAUAGAACGUUUGGCCAAAGAUAUCAUGCAAGACAUUGGAUACAAUGACAUUGUGGUUCUCUGUGUGCUUAAAGGUGGCUACAAAUUCUGUGCCGAUCUUGUGGAGCAUAUUAAGAAUCUCAGUAGAAAUUCAGAACGGUUCAUCUCCAUGAAAGUUGAUUUUGUCAGACUGAAAAGUUAUCGUAAUGAUCAAUCCAUGCAAGAUACGCAAAUCAUUGGAGGGGAUGACUUUUCAAAGCUGUCUGGAAAGAACGUGUUAAUUGUGGAGGAUAUCAUUGGAACUGGAAGGACAAUGAGAGCCCUCCUAAAUAAUAUAGAAAAAUGCGAGCCUAGAAUGGUUAAGGUGGCAAGUUUGCUGCUGAAGAGAACAUCUCAACCUGAUGGGUACAGACCUGACUAUUAUGGAUUUGAAAUUCCAAAUUUAUUUGUGGUAGGCUAUGCCUUAGACUACAAUGAGUACUUCAGAGAUCUAAAUCACAUAUGUGUUAUCAAUAACCACGGGAAAGCCAAAUACAGAGUCUAAAGUAGAAGUGGUUGGCUUGAACUGAAAGUCUGGAUGGCCCACUUGAAACAUCUCUGGAAGAGCUAUACAGUUGACAUCCAUCCCCUCCUGCCUGGACUAAUAACUGACAUCCUCUUCCCAAGAAGGACUUCCUCAGAUUUUGUUAUAGUGGCUUCGCUCACAUCUAUGAACAUUCUAGGUUUAACAUUCUAGGAGCAAGAGGAAGACAGAGAAGUCCUUAUUUUUCUUCAAAUAAUUAUGUUAAAAACACAGAAGGUUGUUUCUUUAUCCCAUGAACCCACAUAAUAAGCACGUUUGUGAACUGAGAGUACAACAGCAGUGUUGUCCAAAUCCUUCCCAAAGAUUCAUAGCUUUGUGGGUUCUUUGUAGGACUUGAUGCAUCCUGAUAGUGAAAUUUGUUAGCUGUUUCAAAUACAUUCCAAUGCCUUCAUUUCAGUAUUUCUUCAAAGCCCUAUGAAGUAGGUUAGGCUGACUGUUUCAAAGCACCCAGUGAGCUUCAUACUGAUACCUUUGAACCAUUACUUUUUGUUCAGCGAAUUAAUUAUACAAUCUGUCCACCAAGACCUUUCACUCAGAAGAAGCAAUUCCCAAUAAGUAUUAUCUCACCCAAGGAAGCCAUCCAGCAGUUUUUAUUUCUCCAAGAUUUUUCUCUGUUUCGCUUACUGACUGGACUUUUGAAGCAGAUUGUGAACAGAUUACAUGAAAUAUGCUUCAGUUUCAUCAAGAGUGCACUGGUUUCUACAUUCCUCAGUCUCUCAUCACUUGCCAUAAAAUUUAAUGCUGCUAGAGACACAAAGAGCCUAUUGUAAAUGGUCCUUCUGUGAUCCCAUUUCCUGCCACAUCGAGCCCAUGAAGUAAGAUGGGCUGACCAAUAGAGAUCCAACCAUUGAGCAUCAUUUGAGAGCGGAAUUAAACCCAGAUCUCCCUGGUCCAGCAUUCUGAAUACUGUAACCUGAGAUUUGAACCCAGGUGUCCCCAGUCCUAGUCCAAGCUACCUGUUUUUCUUCUGUCCAUUCUUUGCUUCUACUCAUGCUUUCCUGAAACAAGUGAUAGUGUUUUUUAGGAAGCCACUCUUCACAAAUCUUUGCCAACAUUUAAUUUAAUCAUUCAAGGGGAGAUGAUGAUGGGCAUUUUCAGUUGUAUAUAUUAAAGUCACUUUUAUUUGGAAUUAACACAAUGCCAGCUAAGUUUGGGCUCCUAACGCGCACCUUUCAUUAGUGUAUAACAUAAGAAAACCAUAGAUUUGACAUACUCAAAAUUCAAACUUUUACAAGAAUGCAUAUUUUCGUGAGUAAAAUCUAUCAAGCACACUAGUUUGAUACAUUGUGUCUCUCCCUUAAUCUUGUUUUUCAAAAGCAAUAAUAAAUGGGCAAGGGAUAGAGAAAAAUCAGAAGUCAGAAGAGUUAUUUAUUUGGAUUGUAGAACCAGUGGCCCUGCUGGCUUUAGGAUUCUCAGAGUUGUACUCCAGAAAAUGUCUGUUUCAAGUUCUGACAAAAAUAUAUUUUGCUGUAAAGAUGGGAGAUAAUUUAUGGCAAAAAUGAAACAGCAAGGAAAGCAUCUUAAAUAUUGCUGACUUGGGAAGCUUCCUGUUUUCUUUGCCACCAUCUGCAAGAUAAUUUUGCCUCAUUUACCUUCUGAACUGAUUUGAAUAAGGUCAUUAUGUGCUAUAUACAAACUGCUCUCAAUAACUUCCUGAAGGAAGCCAGUGGGAAAAACAAAAUGAAAAAUCUAAUGCAAGUGGCUUUUUUCUUAACAGCAUGGGGUCCAUUGUUGUUAGGUAGUAGUUUCCUUACAUCAAAACAGCAAGAAGGCUUUGCUGUAUUACAGAUUUCUUAUGAUCUGCACACACACACACUUUUCAGCAUAUAUUUGCACAUCCCAUAGAAACUGUUAUAGUAUAAACAAGGGCUUUGGGGGAAAAUAUGCUGUAAACAUUUCCUGUAGGCAGAUCUAAACAUUUCCUGUGUGGCAGUGCUGCAGCUUAUACAUUGUUUUCUUAUUAAGAAAAUAACCUACAGUAGUCAUAAACUUAUUAUAAUUACUUUAUUAAUUGUCCUCACACACAUGCAUAUUUUUAUUGGUUGGGAGGAAUUAUUGUUCUGUAAUUCAGACAGUUGUUUAAUUGAGGAGAACGGCUGUUCUUGAAACAUGGUUCUUCAAAAAUUUUGCUUCCAAACGAAUUGGCCAUAGUAAACAAAUAAAUAUAUAUCUAACAUUUUAAAUAGAUGGUCAUUUUUUUCUUUGCUUAGACUGAUAUUAAAGACAGUAAUAGGGUAAUCAUGUGUACAUCUAUUCAGGAACAAAUCGAAAUGAGUUCAUAAGGCUUUACUUUGAGACAAGUAUGAAUAGUAUUUCAGGCUGAAUUUCCCUUAUUGGACUUGGUAAAAUGUACGCAGGCUACCUAUUGGAUAACUACAGUGAUCGGUCCAGAUAACAGGAGAGUUUCAUUUUUUGAAACAUGUUUAUUUGCUCCUUCAUCUCACCAGUCCUCUAGUCAAUUCUAGAUGAAACCUAAAGGCAUCACAUCUUGUUGGUCUGUGGUUUCAAGUCAUUUCCAACUUAUACCAACCCUAUGGUGGACCUAUCACAGUUUUCUUGGCAAGAUUUAUUCCGAUGAGAUGUGCCUUUCCCUUUCUCUGAAGCUGAAAAAGCGUGUUGCCCAAGGUCACCCUGAUCUCCAGAAUCUGAUUCCAGUCCUCAAACCAUUGCACCAUAUGGGCCCAUCACAGUACCUAAAAGAGACUCAUUUGAAUGCCUUCUAGGAUCUCUUUCAUUCAAUUUUAAGGAUAUAAAAACAUUUGUUUUGGAAUCUGAUUGAUGAAUCCCAACUAAAAUAGAUCAGUCAAAUCAGUUGUCAAGUAAUGAAUCAAUACAAAGGUACAUCAUGCCACUUCCAGAUUUUGGGCAGAUUUUCAGCUGUUUUGAGAGUUUGAGAAGUAGUGGGGAAGAGUGGAAAGCUAGCCUGUUUUCAGUCAGACGAUAGAGUAUCCUGUUGGCCCUUUAUACAUUGUUCACUCAUCACCCUUGACCAAUUGCCAUGCUGGGGUUGAUGAGAGAUGGAGUUAAGCUACGUCUGAAGAACCAGAAGUCCCCACACCAAUCUAUAAUGAAAUAAGUUUGGAUGGCUGUCUUCAUUAUUGCAAAAUGUUGUAUAACUUUAUGAUUUCUUUGAAACGUGUUGUGAGAUUCAAUAGAGCCUAAUUUGAGCAUCUGCUGCCUCUUGCCAUAAUCCACUCCUAGCCUUUCCCUCUUCCUCCUUUAUUUGUUUACCAUCUAGCCUGAUGAAGAACUCUGGAGAAUAUGGAAGGCUGCUCAAAAAUAACAAUGACAUUUUUGUUGGCUCAGUAAAAAUAUUCAUCUGAUCGGAAACUGGAACUUUUCUUAUCACCAACUUGGACUGCCUUUGCUUUUUAUAAUGAUUAAAGAGCCUUUUAUCUGUU